CAGACGAGCCUAUGAUGAACAUUCCUCUUCUCAGAGAGGGAGAGAAGGCCGAUCUGACAUGUUCAGCUCCUUUUCCUUGUCCUGAAACUCCUAAUAUAACAUGGUGGAUCAGGACAAGAGGGGGAAACAUCACUUAUCUAAAGGACAACAUCACUCCGAGCACCUCCAAAAGCCUUUACCUCUCAACUUUGACCUUAACUCCAACUUCUGACGAUCACAAUGCCACUGUAGGAUGUAACGUGAGCUACGGAAGCAAACUCAUCAGUACAAAUAGGACCCUCAACGUCACGUAUAUAUUCAUGAACCAAGCGUCUGUUGGAUCUGUGACGAUAACCACUGUGACAAAGGAGCAUGCUGGGGUUUACAGCUGUAUGAGGACAUUUCAGAACAAGACCCUGAAUGCAUCCAUCACUUUAAAUAUAAUUUGUAAGUAGAACCACAUUCCACUGAUAACCUCUUACAACAGUCUUACAACAUCACAAAUUAUGAAAUGAAAAUGUGCCAGCAACCAUUGAAAUACUGAUCUGCGAUACAUAGAUCCUUCAAACAUGAGGAGAAGUUCAUCGGGUGUUUGCAGGAGACGUUCCUAAAGUCAUAAUAUGUCUUUACUAAUUAUAAAAUCUAAUUCAUCACAUACCAGGUGUUACAACUGAUUCAAAAGGGAACAAGUCUUCCAAUCCUAAAUGUAAAAACAACACACAGAAUGACAUCAGUAAUGCUACAAGUCACCUUUAUUUAUAUAGCGCUUUAAACAAAAUACAUUGCAUUGCGUCAAAGCAACUGAACAACAUU